UAGCUCCUGCCGGGCUUCCAAAAGAUGGGUAAAGGUGGUGGGACACAAAUACCACUAUGGAUAUCAAUACUAGCCCUGGUCUUCAUACACAUCAAAGUUCAAGCCCAGGGUGGUGAACAACCAACAAAGUCAGAGUAUGUUUCUCCAUCUCUCCUGCAGCGACAAAACUCUGUCAAAUCCCAAGGAGUGACAAUCAUUCCAUCUUUUCCAAACACACUGAAAGUAAAGGCUGGCAACCCCUCUCACAAUGGCCGUGUAUGCAGUACAUGGGGGAACUUCCACUUCAAGACCUUCGAUGGGGACAUUUUUUACUUCCCUGGGGUCUGCAAUUACAUCUUUGCCUCCAACUGCAAGUCUUCCUACGAGGACUUCAACAUCCAGAUUCGGCGUGCAAUGGUGGAAAAUGCUACUGUGAUCACUCAUGUCAUCAUGAAGCUGGAAGGAGUGGUGAUCGAACUGACCCCCAAUUCUGUCCUGCUUGACAACAAAUUGGUCCAGAUGCCCUACAGCCACAUGGGAGUCUUGAUAGAGAGAAGUAACAACUAUUUGAAAGUUUCUGCCAAGUUGGGACUGACCUUCCUUUGGAAUGGACAAGAUGCCCUCCUGGUGGAACUAGAUAAGAAAUAUGCCAAUCAAACUUGUGGACUUUGUGGGGACUUCAAUGGAAUUCCAGUCAGCAAUGAAUUUAUUUCAGGGAAGACAAAACUGACGCCCAUACAGUUUGGUAAUAUGCAGAAGAUGGAUGGACCCACAGAGCAGUGUGAUGAUCCUAUUCCUCCUACUUCUCUGAUGAACUGUUCAAGAGAAUUUGCUUCUAUCUGUGAGACAGUAUUAACCAGCAAAGCCUUUACGAGUUGUAACAUGCUUGUGAAUGUCCAGGACUACAUUGAAACUUGCACACAAGACCUGUGCCACUGUGACAGCUCUAUGGCUGACUUCUGCAUGUGCAACACCUUUGCUGAGUACUCCCGGCAGUGUGCUCAUGCAGGUGGACAGCCCCUGAACUGGAGAACCUCAGACCUGUGCCCCAAAUCGUGUCCGUUCAACAUGCAAUACCACGAGUGUGGCUCUCCCUGCUCUGACACAUGCAGCAACCCAGAACGAUCUGCACUUUGUGAAGAUCACUGUACAGAUGGCUGCGUCUGUCCUCCAGGAAUGGUGUUUGAUGACGUUAAUGGUGCUGGCUGCAUUCCCCGCAGAGAAUGCCACUGUACCUAUGAAGGUGAAACUUAUGCUCCUGGUGCCUCCUUCUCAUCUAAAUGCAGAUCAUGUACCUGUGUUGGAGGUGAAUGGUCUUGUGUCACUCAGUCGUGCCCUGGGACUUGCAGUGUUGAAGGAGGUUCCCACAUUUCAACAUUUGAUGAGAAAUACUAUUCCUUCUUUGGAGACUGUAGUUAUGUCCUAACCAAGCUGUGUGACAGCAAUGAGUUCACGGUGUUGGGGGACAUCCACAAGUGUGGCCUGACUGACACUGAGACAUGCCUCAAGGGCAUAGCCAUCAGCCUAAACGGAGGACAGACGAACAUUGUGAUCCAGCCUUCUGGGAGUGUAUUUGUGAAUAUGAUCUACACACAGCUACCAUUCUCAGCAGCAAACGUCACCAUCUUCAGGCCUUCAUCUUUCUUCAUAAUACUGCAAACAACUUUUGGUCUUCAGCUACAGGUUCAACUCGUGCCUUCAAUGCAAGUUUUUAUAGACUUAGACCCAUCACAUAAAGGGCAGACCUGUGGUCUCUGUGGGAACUUCAAUGAUGUACAGACAGAUGAUUUCAAAACCACCAGUGGGGUGAUAGAGGGCACUUCAGCUGCCUUUGGCAAUACCUGGAAAACUCGGGCUGAUUGUCCUGAUGCCAAAAAUACCUUUGAGGACCCCUGUACUGUCAGUAUACAAAAUGACCAAUAUGCUCAGCACUGGUGUGGACUGCUCUCUGAUACCACAGGACCUUUUGCUGAAUGUCACUCAACAGUGAAUCCAGAAGUUUACCAGAAGACCUGUAUGUUUGACACCUGUAACUGUGAGAAGAGUGAGGACUGCAUGUGUGCUGCCCUUUCCAGCUAUGUCAGAGCCUGUGCUGCUAAAGGAGUUCUUCUCACUGGAUGGAGGAGCAAAGCCUGCACAAAAUACACCACCUUGUGUCCGAAGUCCUUGAAGUACACCUACAAUGUCAAUUCCUGCCAACCCACCUGCCGCUCUCUGAGCGAGCCUGAUGUUACAUGCAGCAUCAAGUUUGUCCCAGUUGAUGGCUGUACCUGCAUAAAUGGAACCUACAUGGAUGACAGUGGCAAAUGUGUGCCUGCUUCUAGCUGUCCUUGUUACUACAAAGGAAUGCCUCUGUCUUCUGGAGAAGUUGUUCAUGAUAAUGGUGUUGUCUGCACUUGUACCUAUGGAAAGCUGAGCUGCAUUGGAGAGAAGCCUGAACCAGUCUGUGUGCCUCCAAUGGUUUAUGUUGACUGUGGCAAUGUCACUGCAAACGUGGUAGGAGCAGGAUGCCAGAAGAGCUGUCAGACUCUAGAUAUGGAAUGUUACAAAACUCACUGUGUCUCUGGCUGUGUAUGUCCUCAUGAUCAAGUGUUGGAUGGCAAAGGUGGCUGUAUAGCUCCAGAAGACUGUCCAUGUAUUCACAAUGGGAAUUCCUACAGUCCAGGACAAUCAAUCAGAGUUGGCUGUAACAACUGCACAUGUAGAAACAGAAAAUGGCAAUGCUCUGAAGAACCCUGCCUGGAAACAUGUUCUGUUUAUGGAGAUGGGCAUUAUACCACCUUUGAUGGCAAACGCUUUGAUUUUGAAGGAGACUGUGAAUAUGUUCUGGUCCAGAACUACUGUGGUCAACAGGCUAUGAAUCAGGGAACCUUCAGAGUCAUCACUGAGAACAUUCCAUGUGGCACUACAGGAACUACCUGCUCUAAGUCUAUUAAAGUUUUCCUGGGAAACUACGAGUUGGUGCUCAGUGAUGGACACUCUGAUGUCAUCCAGAGGGCACCUGGAGGAAAAAUGCCAUUCCAAAUCCGUUCCAUGGGCAUCUACCUGGUGGUUGAUACUACUGUUGGUCUGAUACUCAUGUGGGACAAGAAAACCAGUAUAUUCAUCAAACUUAGUCCCAGCUUUCAGGGCCAUGUCUGUGGACUUUGUGGAAACUAUGAUGGCAAUGGAAAUAAUGACUUCACUACUCGCAGUCAGUCUGUGGUAGGAAGUGUGCUGGAGUUUGCCAAUAGCUGGAAAGUGUCUUCUAGUUGCCCAAAUGCCAAUCGUACACAGGACCCAUGCACUGCAAAUCCAUACAGGAAAGCCUGGGCACAGAAGCAAUGCAGCAUCAUUACCAGUGAAGUGUUUGCAAAGUGUCACUCACAGGUUGAACCAAAUGAAUAUUACCAAGCAUGUGUGGAUGAUGCUUGUGCCUGUGACACUGGAGGAGAUUGUGAAUGUUUCUGCACAGCAGUAGCUGCCUAUGCUCAAGCAUGUAAUGAGCUGGACAUUUGCAUAUCAUGGAGAACCCCAUCCAUCUGCCCUCUGUUCUGUGAUUACUAUAAUCCACAAGGAGAAUGUGAGUGGCACUACAAGCCAUGUGGAGCACCUUGUAUGAAGACCUGCAAUAAUCCAAAUGGGAAAUGCCUUCAUGAGAUGAGGGGUUUGGAAGGCUGCUAUCCACAAUGUCCAAAGAAUAAGCCCUAUUUUGAUGAGGAAACCAUGACCUGUGUUUCUGAUUGUGGUUGCUUUGAAGAUGGAAAAAAUUACAAACCAGGAAUGGAGAUGCCUUCAAAGCAGAACUGCGAAUCAUGUGAAUGUACAACUCAUGGCAAAAAAUGCAGAUAUGAUGAACAUGAAUGUGUCUGCAGUUAUGAGGGGCAGAAGUACAACUACAAAGAUGUGGUCUACAACACCACAGAUGGCACAGGAUGGUGUAUUGUUGCAACUUGUGGUCCCAAUGGAACGCUUCAAAGAUUUAUCUAUGAAUGUCCAAGUUCAACAUCACCUACAACAGCAACAACAUUUCACUUCAGCUCUACACCACCUACCACUACUUCCACAGUGUCACCAACUACAUCAGUAUGCGUCCAUGAAGUGUGUCACUGGUCAGAAUGGUAUGACGGGAAUCUACAAACCCCUGGCUAUGAUGGGGGAGAUUUUGAAACUUUUGAUGAUUUACGAGGAAAAGGUUAUGAAAUCUGUCAAGCCCCAAAGGCUGUUGAAUGCAGAGCAGAAAAGUUCCCUGAUAUACCACUGAAAGAUCUUGGCCAAAAAGUAGAAUGCAGUACAACACAAGGGCUUAUAUGUUACAACAAGGAUCAAAUUUCAACAAUGUGCAACAACUAUGAAAUCAGAAUCCUCUGCUGUGUUUUUGUACCAUGCUCUUCCACAACACCUUUCAGGACAUCAACCCCGGUCACAACUCCAACUCCAAAAGAAACAUCCACUGAAACAACAUACACAUUUACUACAACUUCAACUACGGAAGAACCAACAGCUACAACUACAACACCACCACCUCUCACCACAUCACCUUCUACAAUUCCUCUUUGUUUCAAAGAAAAAUGUUACUGGUCAAGAUGGUACGACGUCAGUUAUCCAGGAUCAGGUUACAAUGAUGGAGAUUUUGAUACCAUUCAGAACAUUGAAAAUAAUGGAUACAAAGUGUGCGAGAACAGAAAGGAUGUGGAAUGUAGAGCAGUGCGAUUUCCUAAUACACCAUAUCCUCUACUAGAGCAACACAUAACAUGUAACACAGAAGAAGGACUGAAAUGUUACAAUAAAGAUCAACUGCCACCCAUCUGCUAUAAUUAUGAAUUGAGAUUUAAAUGCUGCAUAAAUAUAACGGUACCGUGUGAAACAACAACGAAAAGCGUCACUACAACACAAGCAACUACAUUUUCUCCAAGUACAACUUCUGAAAUAGUACCGACUACAGUAAGUUUACAAACAAAGCACAAGACAACAACGAAACACACAACUCAACCAAAAACAGAAUUCAUACAUACUAGAAUAACAUCAAAACCCACAACACAAACAACAACUUACACAACAACCAGCACAACAGCAAAAACGACAACCUAUCCAACUACCACGACAUGUGAACCUGAAGUGUGUACCUGGAGCGAAUGGUUCGACGUCGACUUCCCCUCCUCGGGGCCCAACCAGGGAGACUUUGAAACCUACCAGCACAUCCGCGCCGCCGGCAAGCGAGUCUGCCGGCAGCCAAAGCAGAUCGAGUGCCAGGCGGAGGACUACCCCGACGUACCCAUCCAGCAGGUGGGACAGGUCGUGCAGUGCGACGUCCACUUUGGACUGGUGUGCAAGAACGAGGACCAGACGGGCAAGUUCAAGAUGUGCCUCAACUACAGGAUCCGCGUGCUCUGCUGCACCCCCAACUACAACUGCUCAACCCCCACUCCCUUCAGCACCACGACCACAACGCUCCCCUCCUCCGCCUUCGUCCGUACAACCACGCCCUACAUCUCCACCACCACGAGUCCCACCUCCACGGAAAUCACCACCACCAGCCCUUCUACGCCGAGCACAACCACCACCACCACGUCAACCACCACCACCACCUGUGAACCUGAAGUGUGUACCUGGAGCGAAUGGUUCGACGUCGACUUCCCCUCCUCGGGGCCCAACCAGGGAGACUUUGAAACCUACCAGCACAUCCGCGCCGCCGGCAAGCGAGUCUGCCGGCAGCCAAAGCAGAUCGAGUGCCAGGCGGAGGACUACCCCGACGUACCCAUCCAGCAGGUGGGACAGGUCGUGCAGUGCGACGUCCACUUUGGACUGGUGUGCAAGAACGAGGACCAGACGGGCAAGUUCAAGAUGUGCCUCAACUACAGGAUCCGCGUGCUCUGCUGCACCCCCAACUACAACUGCUCAACCCCCACUCCCUUCAGCACCACGACCACAACGCUCCCCUCCUCCGCCUUCGUCCGUACCACCACGCCCUACAUCUCCACCACCACGAGUCCCACCUCCACGGAAACCACCACCACGUCAACCACCACCACCACCUGUGAACCUGAAGUGUGUACCUGGAGCGAAUGGUUCGACGUCGACUUCCCCUCCUCGGGGCCCAACCAGGGAGACUUUGAAACCUACCAGCACAUCCGCGCCGCCGGCAAGCGAGUCUGCCGGCAGCCAAAGCAGAUCGAGUGCCAGGCGGAGGACUACCCCGACGUACCCAUCCAGCAGGUGGGACAGGUCGUGCAGUGCGACGUCCACUUUGGACUGGUGUGCAAGAACGAGGACCAGACGGGCAAGUUCAAGAUCACCACGACCACAACGCUCCCCUCCUCCGCCUUCGUCCGCACCACCACGCCCUACAUCUCCACCACCACGAGUCCCACCUCCACGGAAAUCACCACCACCAGCCCUUCUACGCCGAGCACAACCACCACCACCACGUCAACCACCACCACCACCUGUGAACCUGAAGUGUGUACCUGGAGCGAAUGGUUCGACGUCGACUUCCCCUCCUCGGGGCCCAACCAGGGAGACUUUGAAACCUACCAGCACAUCCGCGCCGCCGGCAAGCGAGUCUGCCGGCAGCCAAAGCAGAUCGAGUGCCAGGCGGAGGACUACCCCGACGUACCCAUCCAGCAGGUGGGACAGGUCGUGCAGUGCGACGUCCACUUUGGACUGGUGUGCAAGAACGAGGACCAGACGGGCAAGUUCAAGAUGUGCCUCAACUACAGGAUCCGCGUGCUCUGCUGCACCCCCAACUACAACUGCUCAACCCCCACUCCCUUCAGCACCACGACCACAACGCUCCCCUCCUCCGCCUUCGUCCGCACCACCACGCCCUACAUCUCCACCACCACGAGUCCCACCUCCACGGAAAUCACCACCACCAGCCCUUCUACGCCGAGCACAACCACCACCACCACGUCAACCACCACCACCACCUGUGAACCUGAAGUGUGUACCUGGAGCGAAUGGUUCGACGUCGACUUCCCCUCCUCGGGGCCCAACCAGGGAGACUUUGAAACCUACCAGCACAUCCGCGCCGCCGGCAAGCGAGUCUGCCGGCAGCCAAAGCAGAUCGAGUGCCAGGCGGAGGACUACCCCGACGUACCCAUCCAGCAGGUGGGACAGGUCGUGCAGUGCGACGUCCACUUUGGACUGGUGUGCAAGAACGAGGACCAGACGGGCAAGUUCAAGAUGUGCCUCAACUACAGGAUCCGCGUGCUCUGCUGCACCCCCAACUACAACUGCUCAACCCCCACUCCCUUCAGCACCACGACCACAACGCUCCCCUCCUCCGCCUUCGUCCGCACCACCACGCCCUACAUCUCCACCACCACGAGUCCCACCUCCACGGAAAUCACCACCACCAGCCCUUCUACGCCGAGCACAACCACCACCACCACGUCAACCACCACCACCACCUGUGAACCUGAAGUGUGUACCUGGAGCGAAUGGUUCGACGUCGACUUCCCCUCCUCGGGGCCCAACCAGGGAGACUUUGAAACCUACCAGCACAUCCGCGCCGCCGGCAAGCGAGUCUGCCGGCAGCCAAAGCAGAUCGAGUGCCAGGCGGAGGACUACCCCGACGUACCCAUCCAGCAGGUGGGACAGGUCGUGCAGUGCGACGUCCACUUUGGACUGGUGUGCAAGAACGAGGACCAGACGGGCAAGUUCAAGAUGUGCCUCAACUACAGGAUCCGCGUGCUCUGCUGCACCCCCAACUACAACUGCUCAACCCCCACUCCCUUCAGCACCACGACCACAACGCUCCCCUCCUCCGCCUUCGUCCGCACCACCACGCCCUACAUCUCCACCACCACGAGUCCCACCUCCACGGAAAUCACCACCACCAGCCCUUCUACGCCGAGCACAACCACCACCACCACGUCAACCACCACCACCACCUGUGAACCUGAAGUGUGUACCUGGAGCGAAUGGUUCGACGUCGACUUCCCCUCCUCGGGGCCCAACCAGGGAGACUUUGAAACCUACCAGCACAUCCGCGCCGCCGGCAAGCGAGUCUGCCGGCAGCCAAAGCAGAUCGAGUGCCAGGCGGAGGACUACCCCGACGUACCCAUCCAGCAGGUGGGACAGGUCGUGCAGUGCGACGUCCACUUUGGACUGGUGUGCAAGAACGAGGACCAGACGGGCAAGUUCAAGAUGUGCCUCAACUACAGGAUCCGCGUGCUCUGCUGCACCCCCAACUACAACUGCUCAACCCCCACUCCCUUCAGCACCACGACCACAACGCUCCCCUCAUCCGCCUUCGUCCGCACCACCACGCCCUACAUCUCCACCACCACGAGUCCCACCUCCACGGAAAUCACCACCACCAGCCCUUCUACGCCGAGCACAACCACCACCACCACGUCAACCACCACCACCACCUGUGAACCUGAAGUGUGUACCUGGAGCGAAUGGUUCGACGUCGACUUCCCCUCCUCGGGGCCCAACCAGGGAGACUUUGAAACCUACCAGCACAUCCGCGCCGCCGGCAAGCGAGUCUGCCGGCAGCCAAAGCAGAUCGAGUGCCAGGCGGAGGACUACCCCGACGUACCCAUCCAGCAGGUGGGACAGGUCGUGCAGUGCGACGUCCACUUUGGACUGGUGUGCAAGAACGAGGACCAGACGGGCAAGUUCAAGAUGUGCCUCAACUACAGGAUCCGCGUGCUCUGCUGCACCCCCAACUACAACUGCUCAACCCCCACUCCCUUCAGCACCACGACCACAACGCUCCCCUCAUCCGCCUUCGUCCGCACCACCACGCCCUACAUCUCCACCACCACGAGUCCCACCUCCACGGAAAUCACCACCACCAGCCCUUCUACGCCGAGCACAACCACCACCACCACGUCAACCACCACCACCACCUGUGAACCUGAAGUGUGUACCUGGAGCGAAUGGUUCGACGUCGACUUCCCCUCCUCGGGGCCCAACCAGGGAGACUUUGAAACCUACCAGCACAUCCGCGCCGCCGGCAAGCGAGUCUGCCGGCAGCCAAAGCAGAUCGAGUGCCAGGCGGAGGACUACCCCGACGUACCCAUCCAGCAGGUGGGACAGGUCGUGCAGUGCGACGUCCACUUUGGACUGGUGUGCAAGAACGAGGACCAGACGGGCAAGUUCAAGAUGUGCCUCAACUACAGGAUCCGCGUGCUCUGCUGCACCCCCAACUACAACUGCUCAACCCCCACUCCCUUCAGCACCACGACCACAACGCUCCCCUCCUCCGCCUUCGUCCGCACCACCACGCCCUACAUCUCCACCACCACGAGUCCCACCUCCACGGAAAUCACCACCACCAGCCCUUCUACGCCGAGCACAACCACCACCACCACGUCAACCACCACCACCACCUGUGAACCUGAAGUGUGUACCUGGAGCGAAUGGUUCGACGUCGACUUCCCCUCCUCGGGGCCCAACCAGGGAGACUUUGAAACCUACCAGCACAUCCGCGCCGCCGGCAAGCGAGUCUGCCGGCAGCCAAAGCAGAUCGAGUGCCAGGCGGAGGACUACCCCGACGUACCCAUCCAGCAGGUGGGACAGGUCGUGCAGUGCGACGUCCACUUUGGACUGGUGUGCAAGAACGAGGACCAGACGGGCAAGUUCAAGAUGUGCCUCAACUACAGGAUCCGCGUGCUCUGCUGCACCCCCAACUACAACUGCUCAACCCCCACUCCCUUCAGCACCACGACCACAACGCUCCCCUCCUCCGCCUUCGUCCGCACCACCACGCCCUACAUCUCCACCACCACGAGUCCCACCUCCACGGAAAUCACCACCACCAGCCCUUCUACGCCGAGCACAACCACCACCACCACGUCAACCACCACCACCACCUGUGAACCUGAAGUGUGUACCUGGAGCGAAUGGUUCGACGUCGACUUCCCCUCCUCGGGGCCCAACCAGGGAGACUUUGAAACCUACCAGCACAUCCGCGCCGCCGGCAAGCGAGUCUGCCGGCAGCCAAAGCAGAUCGAGUGCCAGGCGGAGGACUACCCCGACGUACCCAUCCAGCAGGUGGGACAGGUCGUGCAGUGCGACGUCCACUUUGGACUGGUGUGCAAGAACGAGGACCAGACGGGCAAGUUCAAGAUGUGCCUCAACUACAGGAUCCGCGUGCUCUGCUGCACCCCCAACUACAACUGCUCAACCCCCACUCCCUUCAGCACCACGACCACAACGCUCCCCUCCUCCGCCUUCGUCCGCACCACCACGCCCUACAUCUCCACCACCACGAGUCCCACCUCCACGGAAAUCACCACCACCAGCCCUUCUACGCCGAGCACAACCACCACCACCACGUCAACCACCACCACCACCUGUGAACCUGAAGUGUGUACCUGGAGCGAAUGGUUCGACGUCGACUUCCCCUCCUCGGGGCCCAACCAGGGAGACUUUGAAACCUACCAGCACAUCCGCGCCGCCGGCAAGCGAGUCUGCCGGCAGCCAAAGCAGAUCGAGUGCCAGGCGGAGGACUACCCCGACGUACCCAUCCAGCAGGUGGGACAGGUCGUGCAGUGCGACGUCCACUUUGGACUGGUGUGCAAGAACGAGGACCAGACGGGCAAGUUCAAGAUGUGCCUCAACUACAGGAUCCGCGUGCUCUGCUGCACCCCCAACUACAACUGCUCAACCCCCACUCCCUUCAGCACCACGACCACAACGCUCCCCUCCUCCGCCUUCGUCCGCACCACCACGCCCUACAUCUCCACCACCACGAGUCCCACCUCCACGGAAAUCACCACCACCAGCCCUUCUACGCCGAGCACAACCACCACCACCACGUCAACCACCACCACCACCUGUGAACCUGAAGUGUGUACCUGGAGCGAAUGGUUCGACGUCGACUUCCCCUCCUCGGGGCCCAACCAGGGAGACUUUGAAACCUACCAGCACAUCCGCGCCGCCGGCAAGCGAGUCUGCCGGCAGCCAAAGCAGAUCGAGUGCCAGGCGGAGGACUACCCCGACGUACCCAUCCAGCAGGUGGGACAGGUCGUGCAGUGCGACGUCCACUUUGGACUGGUGUGCAAGAACGAGGACCAGACGGGCAAGUUCAAGAUGUGCCUCAACUACAGGAUCCGCGUGCUCUGCUGCACCCCCAACUACAACUGCUCAACCCCCACUCCCUUCAGCACCACGACCACAACGCUCCCCUCCUCCGCCUUCGUCCGCACCACCACGCCCUACAUCUCCACCACCACGAGUCCCACCUCCACGGAAAUCACCACCACCAGCCCUUCUACGCCGAGCACAACCACCACCACCACGUCAACCACCACCACCACCUGUGAACCUGAAGUGUGUACCUGGAGCGAAUGGUUCGACGUCGACUUCCCCUCCUCGGGGCCCAACCAGGGAGACUUUGAAACCUACCAGCACAUCCGCGCCGCCGGCAAGCGAGUCUGCCGGCAGCCAAAGCAGAUCGAGUGCCAGGCGGAGGACUACCCCGACGUACCCAUCCAGCAGGUGGGACAGGUCGUGCAGUGCGACGUCCACUUUGGACUGGUGUGCAAGAACGAGGACCAGACGGGCAAGUUCAAGAUGUGCCUCAACUACAGGAUCCGCGUGCUCUGCUGCACCCCCAACUACAACUGCUCAACCCCCACUCCCUUCAGCACCACGACCACAAAGCUCCCCUCCUCCGCCUUCGUCCGUACCACCACGCCCUACAUCUCCACCACCACGAGUCCCACCUCCACGGAAAUCACCACCACCAGCCCUUCUACGCCGAGCACAACCACCACCACCACGUCAACCACCACCACCACCUGUGAACCUGAAGUGUGUACCUGGAGCGAAUGGUUCGACGUCGACUUCCCCUCCUCGGGGCCCAACCAGGGAGACUUUGAAACCUACCAGCACAUCCGCGCCGCCGGCAAGCGAGUCUGCCGGCAGCCAAAGCAGAUCGAGUGCCAGGCGGAGGACUACCCCGACGUACCCAUCCAGCAGGUGGGACAGGUCGUGCAGUGCGACGUCCACUUUGGACUGGUGUGCAAGAACGAGGACCAGACGGGCAAGUUCAAGAUGUGCCUCAACUACAGGAUCCGCGUGCUCUGCUGCACCCCCAACUACAACUGCUCAACCCCCACUCCCUUCAGCACCACGACCACAACGCUCCCCUCCUCCGCCUUCGUCCGCACCACCACGCCCUACAUCUCCACCACCACGAGUCCCACCUCCACGGAAAUCACCACCACCAGCCCUUCUACGCCGAGCACAACCACCACCACCACGUCAACCACCACCACCACCUGUGAACCUGAAGUGUGUACCUGGAGCGAAUGGUUCGACGUCGACUUCCCCUCCUCGGGGCCCAACCAGGGAGACUUUGAAACCUACCAGCACAUCCGCGCCGCCGGCAAGCGAGUCUGCCGGCAGCCAAAGCAGAUCGAGUGCCAGGCGGAGGACUACCCCGACGUACCCAUCCAGCAGGUGGGACAGGUCGUGCAGUGCGACGUCCACUUUGGACUGGUGUGCAAGAACGAGGACCAGACGGGCAAGUUCAAGAUGUGCCUCAACUACAGGAUCCGCGUGCUCUGCUGCACCCCCAACUACAACUGCUCAACCCCCACUCCCUUCAGCACCACGACCACAACGCUCCCCUCCUCCGCCUUCGUCCGCACCACCACGCCCUACAUCUCCACCACCACGAGUCCCACCUCCACGGAAAUCACCACCACCAGCCCUUCUACGCCGAGCACAACCACCACCACCACGUCAACCACCACCACCACCUGUGAACCUGAAGUGUGUACCUGGAGCGAAUGGUUCGACGUCGACUUCCCCUCCUCGGGGCCCAACCAGGGAGACUUUGAAACCUACCAGCACAUCCGCGCCGCCGGCAAGCGAGUCUGCCGGCAGCCAAAGCAGAUCGAGUGCCAGGCGGAGGACUACCCCGACGUACCCAUCCAGCAGGUGGGACAGGUCGUGCAGUGCGACGUCCACUUUGGACUGGUGUGCAAGAACGAGGACCAGACGGGCAAGUUCAAGAUGUGCCUCAACUACAGGAUCCGCGUGCUCUGCUGCACCCCCAACUACAACUGCUCAACCCCCACUCCCUUCAGCACCACGACCACAACGCUCCCCUCCUCCGCCUUCGUCCGCACCACCACGCCCUACAUCUCCACCACCACGAGUCCCACCUCCACGGAAAUCACCACCACCAGCCCUUCUACGCCGAGCACAACCACCACCACCACGUCAACCACCACCACCACCUGUGAACCUGAAGUGUGUACCUGGAGCGAAUGGUUCGACGUCGACUUCCCCUCCUCGGGGCCCAACCAGGGAGACUUUGAAACCUACCAGCACAUCCGCGCCGCCGGCAAGCGAGUCUGCCGGCAGCCAAAGCAGAUCGAGUGCCAGGCGGAGGACUACCCCGACGUACCCAUCCAGCAGGUGGGACAGGUCGUGCAGUGCGACGUCCACUUUGGACUGGUGUGCAAGAACGAGGACCAGACGGGCAAGUUCAAGAUGUGCCUCAACUACAGGAUCCGCGUGCUCUGCUGCACCCCCAACUACAACUGCUCAACCCCCACUCCCUUCAGCACCACGACCACAACGCUCCCCUCCUCCGCCUUCGUCCGCACCACCACGCCCUACAUCUCCACCACCACGAGUCCCACCUCCACGGAAAUCACCACCACCAGCCCUUCUACGCCGAGCACAACCACCACCACCACGUCAACCACCACCACCACCUGUGAACCUGAAGUGUGUACCUGGAGCGAAUGGUUCGACGUCGACUUCCCCUCCUCGGGGCCCAACCAGGGAGACUUUGAAACCUACCAGCACAUCCGCGCCGCCGGCAAGCGAGUCUGCCGGCAGCCAAAGCAGAUCGAGUGCCAGGCGGAGGACUACCCCGACGUACCCAUCCAGCAGGUGGGACAGGUCGUGCAGUGCGACGUCCACUUUGGACUGGUGUGCAAGAACGAGGACCAGACGGGCAAGUUCAAGAUGUGCCUCAACUACAGGAUCCGCGUGCUCUGCUGCACCCCCAACUACAACUGCUCAACCCCCACUCCCUUCAGCACCACGACCACAACGCUCCCCUCCUCCGCCUUCGUCCGUACCACCACGCCCUACAUCUCCACCACCAGCCCUUCUACGCCGAGCACAACCACCACCACCACGUCAACCACCACCACCACCUGUGAACCUGAAGUGUGUACCUGGAGCGAAUGGUUCGACGUCGACUUCCCCUCCUCGGGGCCCAACCAGGGAGACUUUGAAACCUACCAGCACAUCCGCGCCGCCGGCAAGCGAGUCUGCCGGCAGCCAAAGCAGAUCGAGUGCCAGGCGGAGGACUACCCCGACGUACCCAUCCAGCAGGUGGGACAGGUCGUGCAGUGCGACGUCCACUUUGGACUGGUGUGCAAGAAUGAGGACCAGACGGGCAAGUUCAAGAUGUGCCUCAACUACAGGAUCCGCGUGCUCUGCUGCACUCCCAACUACAACUGCUCAACCCCCACUCCCUUCAGCACCACGACCACAACGCUCCCCUCCUCCGCCUUCGUCCGUACCACCACGCCCUACAUCUCCACCACCACGAGUCCCACCUCUACGGAAAUCACCACCACCAGCCCUUCUACGCCGAGCACAACCACCACCACCACGUCAACCACCACCACCACCUGUGAACCUGAAGUGUGUACCUGGAGCGAAUGGUUCGACGUCGACUUCCCCUCCUCGGGGCCCAACCAGGGAGACUUUGAAACCUACCAGCACAUCCGCGCCGCCGGCAAGCGAGUCUGCCGGCAGCCAAAGCAGAUCGAGUGCCAGGCGGAGGACUACCCCGACGUACCCAUCCAGCAGGUGGGACAGGUCGUGCAGUGCGACGUCCACUUUGGACUGGUGUGCAAGAACGAGGACCAGACGGGCAAGUUCAAGAUGUGCCUCAACUACAGGAUCCGCGUGCUCUGCUGCACCCCCAACUACAACUGCUCAACCCCCACUCCCUUCAGCACCACGACCACAACGCUCCCCUCCUCCGCCUUCGUCCGCACCACCACGCCCUACAUCUCCACCACCACGAGUCCCACCUCCACGGAAAUCACCACCACCAGCCCUUCUACGCCGAGCACAACCACCACCACCACGUCAACCACCACCACCACCUGUGAACCUGAAGUGUGUACCUGGAGCGAAUGGUUCGACGUCGACUUCCCCUCCUCGGGGCCCAACCAGGGAGACUUUGAAACCUACCAGCACAUCCGCGCCGCCGGCAAGCGAGUCUGCCGGCAGCCAAAGCAGAUCGAGUGCCAGGCGGAGGACUACCCCGACGUACCCAUCCAGCAGGUGGGACAGGUCGUGCAGUGCGACGUCCACUUUGGACUGGUGUGCAAGAACGAGGACCAGACGGGCAAGUUCAAGAUGUGCCUCAACUACAGGAUCCGCGUGCUCUGCUGCACCCCCAACUACAACUGCUCAACCCCCACUCCCUUCAGCACCACGACCACAACGCUCCCCUCCUCCGCCUUCGUCCGCACCACCACGCCCUACAUCUCCACCACCACGAGUCCCACCUCCACGGAAAUCACCACCACCAGCCCUUCUACGCCGAGCACAACCACCACCACCACGUCAACCACCACCACCACCUGUGAACCUGAAGUGUGUACCUGGAGCGAAUGGUUCGACGUCGACUUCCCCUCCUCGGGGCCCAACCAGGGAGACUUUGAAACCUACCAGCACAUCCGCGCCGCCGGCAAGCGAGUCUGCCGGCAGCCAAAGCAGAUCGAGUGCCAGGCGGAGGAACUACCCCGACGUACCCAUCCAGCAGGUGGGACAGGUCGUGCAGUGCGACGUCCACUUUGGACUGGUGUGCAAGAACGAGGACCAGACGGGCAAGUUCAAGAUGUGCCUCAACUACAGGAUCCGCGUGCUCUGCUGCACUCCCAACUACAACUGCUCAACCCCACUCCCUUCAGCACCACGACCACAACGCUCCCCUCCUCCGCCUUCGUCCAUACCACCACGCCCUACAUCUCCACCACCACGAGUCCCACCUCCACGGAAAUCACCACCACCAGCCCUUCUACGCCGAGCACAACCACCACCACCACGUCAACCACCACCACCACCUGUGAACCUGAAGUGUGUACCUGGAGCGAAUGGUUCGACGUCGACUUCCCCUCCUCGGGGCCCAACCAGGGAGACUUUGAAACCUACCAGCACAUCCGCGCCGCCGGCAAGCGAGUCUGCCGGCAGCCAAAGCAGAUCGAGUGCCAGGCGGAGGACUACCCCGACGUACCCAUCCAGCAGGUGGGACAGGUCGUGCAGUGCGACGUCCACUUUGGACUGGUGUGCAAGAACGAGGACCAGACGGGCAAGUUCAAGAUGUGCCUCAACUACAGGAUCCGCGUGCUCUGCUGCACCCCCAACUACAACUGCUCAACCCCCACUCCCUUCAGCACCACGACCACAACGCUCCCCUCCUCCGCCUUCGUCCGCACCACCACGCCCUACAUCUCCACCACCACGAGUCCCACCUCUACGGAAAUCACCACCACCAGCCCUUCUACGCCGAGCACAACCACCACCACCACGUCAACCACCACCACCACCUGUGAACCUGAAGUGUGUACCUGGAGCGAAUGGUUCGACGUCGACUUCCCCUCCUCGGGGCCCAACCAGGGAGACUUUGAAACCUACCAGCACAUCCGCGCCGCCGGCAAGCGAGUCUGCCGGCAGCCAAAGCAGAUCGAGUGCCAGGCGGAGGACUACCCCGACGUACCCAUCCAGCAGGUGGGACAGGUCGUGCAGUGCGACGUCCACUUUGGACUGGUGUGCAAGAACGAGGACCAGACGGGCAAGUUCAAGAUGUGCCUCAACUACAGGAUCCGCGUGCUCUGCUGCACCCCCAACUACAACUGCUCAACCCCCACUCCCUUCAGCACCACGACCACAACGCUCCCCUCCUCCGCCUUCAUCCGUACCACCACGCCCUACAUCUCCACCACCACGAGUCCCACCUCCACGGAAAUCACCACCACCAGCCCUUCUACGCCGAGCACAACCACCACCACCACGUCAACCACCACCACCACCUGUGAACCUGAAGUGUGUACCUGGAGCGAAUGGUUCGACGUCGACUUCCCCUCCUCGGGGCCCAACCAGGGAGACUUUGAAACCUACCAGCACAUCCGCGCCGCCGGCAAGCGAGUCUGCCGGCAGCCAAAGCAGAUCGAGUGCCAGGCGGAGGACUACCCCGACGUACCCAUCCAGCAGGUGGGACAGGUCGUGCAGUGCGACGUCCACUUUGGACUGGUGUGCAAGAACGAGGACCAGACGGGCAAGUUCAAGAUGUGCCUCAACUACAGGAUCCGCGUGCUCUGCUGCACUCCCAACUACAACUGCUCAAUCCCCACUCCCUUCAGCACCACGACCACAACGCUCCCCUCCUCCGCCUUCGUCCAUACCACCAAGCCCUACAUCUCCACCACCACGAGUCCCACCUCCACGGAAAUCACCACCACCAGCCCUUCUACGCCGAGCACAACCACCACCACCACGUCAACCACCACCACCUGUGAACCUGAAGUGUGUACCUGGAGCGAAUGGUUCGACGUCGACUUCCCCUCCUCGGGGCCCAACCAGGGAGACUUUGAAACCUACCAGCACAUCCGCGCCGCCGGCAAGCGAGUCUGCCGGCAGCCAAAGCAGAUCGAGUGCCAGGCGGAGGACUACCCCGACGUACCCAUCCAGCAGGUGGGACAGGUCGUGCAGUGCGACGUCCACUUUGGACUGGUGUGCAAGAACGAGGACCAGACGGGCAAGUUCAAGAUGUGCCUCAACUACAGGAUCCGCGUGCUCUGCUGCACCCCCAACUACAACUGCCCAUUCUCUUCCCCCUCGACCACCAUCAGCACAUCCACCGUUAUUCCCCCAAGUCCGCCUGUCUUUACAACUUCUCCAUCUCACAUUUCAACUACACCAUGUUUCUGCAAGAUUGGUGAUGCUAUUUUUUCACCAGGUGACUUGAUUUACAACAGAGUGGAUAGUGAAGGAUGCAGGUUGUAUGCCAUCUGCAGCCCGACAUGUAAUAUUGAACGACAUAGUGUACAUUGUAACAUCGUAACUUCACCAGCCACUACUUCCUCUGAGUGGUCACCAGUAACAACAUCAGUUCCUCUGCCUCCCACCUCUACUAGUGCUCAUUUUCAUGGCUGUGUUUCCACUAUGUACCCUCCAUUACAACCUGGAGAGAGAUUCAAAUUAUCCAACUGUACGGAAGUCAUCUGUAAUGGAGACAAUGAUAUAGACGUAGUACCAACGCACUGCCCACCUGUAAAGGAAAUUACCUGUGCAAACAAAUAUCCACCAAUGCUGGUACCUGAUGAAAAUGGAUGCUGUUACCGAUAUGAGUGUCAAUGUGUGUGUAGUGGAUGGGGUGAUCCUCAUUACAUUACUUUUGAUGGAACCUAUUAUACCUUCCUUGAAAACUGCACUUACGUCCUGGUGAAACAGAUUGUCCCUAGAUAUGACAACUUCCGUGUUUACAUUGACAAUUAUUACUGCGAUGCAAAAGAUGGACUCUCCUGCCCUAAAUCCAUUCUUAUUUUCUACAAAUCUGCUGAAGUGGUGCUGACUCGUGAACUCAUGAAUGGUGUGAUGACUAAUGUGAUGUACUUCAACAAAAAGAUUGUUCAACCAGGCUUCAAAAAAGAUGGCAUUUCUUUCUCCACUCUUGGCAUCAAUAUGAUUGUUGAAAUAGAAGAAAUUGGUGCUGUUAUCACCUUUAGUGGUCUGAUUUUCUCUGUGAAGCUCCCAUACAGCAAAUUUGGCAACAACACUGAAGGACAAUGUGGAACAUGUACAAACAAUAUAGAGGAUGAAUGCCGCUUACCAAGUGGUAAGAUCAUUUCCUCCUGUCCCCAAAUGGCUCAUCACUGGAUUGUUGACAACAACAAGGACUGCCAUGGAAUACCAGUACCACCAACUAUAACCACACCUCCGCCAAAGCCGCAAUGUCAAACACCUCAUCUCUGCAAGCUUAUCUUGAGCGAGGUUUUUGCAGAAUGUCAUACUGUGAUACCACCAGAACCAUUUUUCAAAGGCUGUGUUUUUGAUGGAUGUCGCAUAGAUGAUGAAUUCAUGCAGUGUUCAAGUUUGGAGAUAUAUGCAACAGAGUGUGCUGCUAGAGGUGUCUGCAUUGACUGGAGAGGAAUGACCAACAACACAUGUCCAUUUAGCUGUCCAUCAAGUUUGGUAUACAAGCCAUGCGGGCCUAUUAAUCCAGUUAACUGUGACCAAAGCUAUGAGCGUCCUGGUUAUGGAAUAACUGAAGGCUGUUUCUGUCCUGAAGGAAUGACACUCUUGCAUGCAGAAAGCAACAUCUGUGUCUCUGAAUGUGUCUGCAGAGAACCAAAUGGAAUGUCCAGAUGGCCAGGAGAAAAAUGGACAAAAGACUGCCAGGAAUGUGUCUGUGACAAAAACACUCUUAAGGUGAAGUGCACAAAACAUGAAUGUUCUCUGACACAGCAAGUAUUUUGUGAAGAACCAGGCUACAUACCUGUUCAGAUACCGAUACCAGAAGAUCCAUGCUGCACUAGAACUGAGUGCUACUGCAACACAAGCCUCUGCCCUGGCAUCACACCCCAGUGCUUAGAGGGACAGGAAAUAAUCACAGUAAUGCCACCUGGAACCUGCUGUCCUGUCUUUGAAUGCAGACAAGGCUGUGUAGUCAACGAAACCUAUUAUGCACCUGGAGCUACCAUUCCAUCAGGCCCCUGUGAAGAAUGUACCUGCUCUGAAUCCUCUCCCUCAAAGCCUCAGCAGCCCACAGUCAGGUGCCAGCCUGUGGUCUGUGACACCUACUGCCCGCUGGGCUAUAAAUACACAGUGGAACCUGGACAGUGCUGUGGCACGUGCAAGGCAGCAGCUUGUGUAGUGACUGUGGGAGACAACAUCACACACGUGCUCCAUGACGGAGAAUACUGGAAUCCACCUGGUGAUAACUGUACUGUUUACACAUGUGAAAAACAUGGUGACCAGUUCGUUCAAGUCAUCAAAAAGGCAAGCUGUCCUGCCUUUAACCCUGAUGAGUGUGAUCCAGAGGAUGUCAGAUUAUCAGAUGAUGGCUGCUGUUUAGUGUGCCGAAGAAUACCGAAACUUUGUAUGAAGCACAAUAUGACUACUGUCAUCAACUAUAAUGGCUGUGUAUCUCUUGCACCUGUCGAGAUAACAUACUGUGAAGGCAGCUGUGAUGCUUACUCACGAUACUCUCAAACAACAAACACAAUGGUGCACAAAUGCUCGUGUUGUCAGGAAAUCAAGACCAGCAAAAGGAAGGUGACUCUGACGUGCAGUGAUGGAACCUCCCUCGAUCACUCCUACACCUACGUGGAGCAAUGCAGCUGUGUGGGUGCUGAGUGCAUUACCCAGGACAACACCCAACAGCAGACACAGCAGACAAAGACCUCUCAGGAGCAAGCGAAUGUCAAAAAUUAGAACUAGAGACAAGUCCUCAAACAAGGGUUGAGCAUAAGACUAAAUAAAGAAACUUCAAAAAAUACAAAAGUGUCAAGAGCAGCUAAAAUUUUGGAUGAACAGAUGUUUUCUGCAUAAAUUUCCAGUAUGUCUGUCUACAGAAUUUCAGUUUUCAUUAUCAAUAUAUCUCCCAUUGUUUUCUAUGUCUUUUCUUUUAUACCUUGAGAAGUACAGCACAAGUUCAUCUUGACAUUUUCUGUUCAUUUGUCUUCUGAGAAGUGCUGGACUUUUCAUGACAUUUUCAUUCCAGUUCACAGAGAAAAAUCAAAAGACAAAUCCAGAAAACAAACCAAGCCCAAGGAAAACUGUACCCUCUGCUUCUAUGUUUCUUUCUUUUUUUUUGUUGAGGAAAACUUAGAGUGCAGAAAGCAAUAUAUUUUCAAAACUAUAAACUUCAAUAUUUUGAACAAUUUAUGAUGGACAUAUUUCCCUACAUGGUUUUGUGAGGAAAAGGAAAAAAAUCCUAUUGUGAGAAGCUGCUGCACACUACUUUUUGUUUACAUAACACCAUCAGCAUAGUAGCUGCAUGAAAAUAUGGAUUUUUUUUUUUUAUUUUGUUUUGUUAUGUGGUUAACUGUUUACAGAAGAAAUAUAUAUAUAUAUAUAUGUAUUUGCCAACAGAGGCAUAUGAAGGAUUUUUUAAAACAGAAGUAUAAUAAUAAUAAUAAUAAUAAUAAUUGUAAAUUCUUUCCUAGGAAGCUCUAAAACUUGAACCACUGCUAUUUAUUAUUUUUUUUUAACUGAUUUUUUUUUGGGUAAUUUCUUUCAGAAUUAAUGUUAUCCCAUUUCUUACUCUCUGUCAUGUUGUCUGGGUAUGGUAUAUUUUCUUUUGUUUUUGAAUAUUAUUUUAUUUUUGUUCCUUAAGAAACAAAGAAAUUAUGAUUAAUAAAUUUUGAGCAUUUUACAGCA